AUGUAUCCUCGAUGUGCAAGUAGUGGCUCGAUUCAAAAUAUUCAUCAAACUCCUUCAUCUUCAAAUCAUAAUUCAGAGGAUGAAGAUGAUAGUGGAGAUAAGGCUUCAGCACUGAGUUUCAAGGAAAGGCGAAGAGAAGCACAUACUCAGGCAGAACAAAAAAGAAGAGAUGCUAUAAAAAAGGGUUAUGAUUCCCUGCAGGAGUUAGUCCCCACUUGUCAACAAACUGAUGCAUCUGGUUAUAAGCCGAGUAAAGCAGCUGUUCUCCAGAAAUCAAUUGAUUAUAUUCAAUAUCUGCUACAACAAAGAAGACGACAAGAAGAGGAAAGAAAUGCUCUACGGAAGGAUGUAGUAGCAUUACGCAUAAUGCAGGCCAAUUAUGAACAAAUUGUCAAAGCUCAACACUCUGUGCCUGGACACAAUGAACAGAGAUUAACUGAUCAGGACAAAUUUCAAGUUUUUCAGGGCAUUAUGGAUAAGUUGUUCGAGUCAUUUGAAUCGGUACCCACCAACAAUUUUGCGGAAUUCUCUGCAGGCGUAUUCAACUGGCUGGAAGAGUAUUGCAAGCCACAGUCCUUGAGAACGUUAGUUCAUGGAGUUUUACGGGAACAAAAUUAUACACCAUAG